AUGUUUAAGAAAUUCACAAGAGAAGAUGUCCAUUCACGUUCAAAGGUCAAAUCUUCAAUUCAAAGAACUUUAAAGGCCAAACUGGUCAAGCAGUACCCUAAACUAGAAGAUAUUAUUGAUGAGUUAAUUCCCAAGAAGAGUCAAAUUGAGUUGAUUAAAUGUGAAGACAAGAUCCAAUUGUAUUCCGUUGAUGGUGAAGUUCUUUUUUUCCAAAAAUUCGAUGAGCUGAUUCCAAGUCUGAAAUUGGUGCAUAAAUUUCCAGAAGCUUAUCCAACUGUUCAAGUUGACAGAGGUGCCAUUAAAUUUGUUCUCUCAGGUGCUAAUAUUAUGUGCCCUGGCUUAACUUCUGCAGGUGCCGACUUGCCACCUGCUCCCGGCUACGAGAAAGGUACGAUUGUAGUCAUAAAUGCCGAAAAUAAAGAAAACGCAUUGGCUAUUGGUGAGUUGAUGAUGAGUACUGAAGAAAUUAAAUCCAUAAACAAAGGUCAUUCCAUAGAAUUGAUUCACCACUUGGGAGACCCCUUAUGGAAUUUCAGCGUUGAGUAA